AAAACGACGGCGGCAACCGGGGUGGUUGUGUCACGGCCGGUGACAUGCGUGACCGGAAACGCAAAGAAGCUUGAAGAAGUCCGUGCAAUCUUGGGCCAAACCGUUCCUUUCCAAUCUCUCAAACUUGACCUACCCGAGCUGCAAGGAGAACCUGAAGAAAUCUCUAAAGAGAAAGCUCGUUUAGCUGCCGUAGAGGUGAAAGGACCUGUUUUGGUGGAGGAUACUUGUCUUUGCUCCAAUGCCUUAAAGGGUCUUCCAGGGCCAUACAUCAAGUGGUUUCUGCAAAAGAUUGGUCAUGAAGGUCUGAACAACUUGCUGAUGGCAUAUGAGGACAAAUCAGCCUAUGCUUUAUGUGCAUUUUCUUUUGCUCUUGGGCCUGAUGCUGAACCGAUUACAUAUCUUGGAAAAACUCUGGGGAAGAUAGUUGCAGCGAGGGGACCUAAUGAUUUUGGAUGGGAUCCAAUCUUUCAACCUGAUGGCUACGAGCAAACUUAUGCAGAGAUGCCAAAGGAUGAAAAGAAGAUUUAUCACCGUUCCAGGGCUCUUGAUCUGGUUAAAUCCCACUUUGCUGAAGCUGGAUACAUUUUCGAGACAAAUGACUCUAAAAAGAGAAAAAAGGACGGGGAAUAGGGAACGGUUCUUUUAGAGGUGGGGUCAUGAAGAAGGAUUUCAGACAACUGUACUACUAUUCUGCUGAGUAGAAAAUGUCAAAGUAUCUUUUUCACAUAUAUGAAUGAUUUCCCUCUGAACUGAGGUGGAAAGGUAAAUGUUAAAACCUUAAUUGAAAAGCGAAAUUUGACCUCUGACUCUUGGAUGAUCAUCUGUUUUACCAGGAAAGGAUGCUCUGGUUAAUAGUUAAUAUGAAUCUUUUGAUAUCUCA